GCUUUUCCCCACUCUUUCUCCAAGCCCCCAAAACCCUCUUUUCCCCUCCUCUUCUUCUUCCUCUGCUCUGCUCCCGGAUUCUGCUUUGCUUGUUUUGUGUUCUCGAGGACCCAUCUCCCCCUCUGUCUAUUUUGCUCUUUGUUUUGUGUUCUUAGUUAUUGUCGCUCUCUGCUUCUGCCUGAUCUUUGCUCCUGAUCGUUCUUCGGUCUCUACUCUACUGAGUGUUGCGCGUCGUCGAGGCCUUCUGCCCUAUCUUGAUUCCUUCUCCUUCCGUUGCCUUCACUUUACCCUAUCUGUUUUGUGUCGUAUUUUGCAUCAUCUGCUUGCUACCUUUACCUGACAUGUGGUAUGAUUUAAUCUCACUUGCAGAGGAGACGAGAAGAGAAGAGGAAGGGGCAGAUCUAUCAUCUAUGGGCAACUGCAAGAGUUUAUCUCGUGCACUGCUAGGAAAAGCCCAUGUUGCUCCGGAUGCAGAAUGGAGGAUGCAGGACUUUGGAAAGACCCAUGUUCCAGAUCUAGAAUGGAGGAUUCAUGACUUCUCAUCGCUGCUUGAGACGGGAGCGAAGUCAGCAACAUCUGCCAUUUUUCACUGCUCUGGGUAUAACUGGCUGCUGCAAGUGAUUCCAAUGCAUAAAGAAACUGGUUCUGAAACGCCAUAUGUUGCUCUUCGUCUUAUGACAACCCAAGAAAGGAUGGUGCCAGGUCACACGGUGCAUGUGGUUUUUGAGUUGUCAGUAUACAACCAUACAAAAGGAAUGUACUGCGGAUGCAAAGCUAGCUACAACUUUCAUUUCAAGAAUAGCUACUCGAAGGAGCAUUGCUUGAUUCCUCUUCAGGAGCUACUGAAAUCAUCUGCUUUUCUAGUUGAUGAUAGUUGUGUCUUCGGUGUGGACAUAUUAAAAAUUGAUGUCUCUUCUCCUGAAAAGAAGGCCGUUGUGGUUCAGAAGAAGGCUACCACAGUUCAGAACCUCUUCGUCCAGAAGAAGGGGUUUGUCAAAGGGAAAUACACUUGGAACAUCAACAACUUCCUGGAACUGGACAUGGAUAACUUUGUCCGUUCUCCUACAUUUGAAGUUGGCGUGCAUAAAUGGUACGUCGGCAUGUAUCCGCAUGGUAACAAGUACAGCACUGAUUGCAUCAGCUUGUACUUAUGCCUGGGUGCGUCGGAUGAGCUCCGUCUCGAGUCCAAGAAGGUGUUUGUAAUGACUCUGUCCAUCCUAGACCAAAAGAAUGGGAAACACUUGACUGCAACUUCAGGUCUCUGGGUAUGUAAUAACGGAUGCGGAUGGGGAUGGGCUGACUUCUUUGGACUCAAGAAACUCAAGGACCCGUCGGGAGGCUAUGUUGUGGGAUCGAGCUGCAUUGUGAAGGCAGAUCUUACCAUCAUUGGUUCAUCCAAUGAUGGCUAGAUGUUUUUACCUCAUGGCCUGAUGGAGAGAUAAUGCUCUUUAAUCCUAGUAGCUACUAAUAACCAGACUUAUAUAUGAGACAAUGUUGUGGUAGCAGUACUAAGAACUUGUGGAAUGAUUAGUAGUAGUAAUGGGCCGGAUUUGAGAAGUGAGAUGAUUUCACGCAUAUAUAUUUCUAUGUAUAUGUGUCGGACAGAAAUAUGUUACUGGAAGUACUUGUAUAUGCAUGGAUGACGCAGCUAUGUCAGUCUGCUUGCCUCGCUACAUGCAUGUUGGAUUCAGCUGAA